AUGCCGACAUCAUCUCCCAUUGCGCUACAACCCAACUCCUUCUUUUCUCUUCCUCAACCUGUAUCGGAUUUUGAGCACCGAAUAACACCGAAUAUCAAGACCAUGCCCAGAGAACGCAAAAGAACUGCCCCUGUCGACGACGGUGACGAUGAUACGCCCCCAUCCCGGACAUCGGCCCCUCGGCCUUACCAACCAGGCGCCCGGUCCUGUGAAGGUUGCCACCAGCGAAAGGUCCGCUGUGACCGUGGAGUGCCUUGCAUCAACUGUUCAAGGUAUGGGAUGACCUGCGUGUAUCCUACCAGGGAACUGGACGGGGCACAAAAAGGUCCCACCCUCCGAGACAUCAACAACCGUUUGAAACGACUGGAAGUUCUGCUGUCUCGCCUUUCUGAGGGCAUAGAAGUCGCUGAUAAUGAUGGUGACCGUGAUGAUCCCGAUGGCCAAGGCCAGUCUCGACCGAGUCAAAAUGUCAAGGAGAUUGAAACUGCAAGGCAGGGACCAUCGGAUAGGCCUCCGAACAAGUCGACAUGGGAGAUUUUGUUGAACAACUCUGAUAUCGAGCCACUGCUCCAAGACGAAUCUAUUGGCUUGGAAACAGCACCUUCGCAUCCUCGGCUGAAUAUAGCAGGGAACCAGACAAUUCCUACACAGCCAGGUGCUUCUGCUCUAGAAAGCGAUUUCGAGCUACUGGACUUGUAUCCUGAUACACAGCUCGCCCUCCGACUAUGGGAUAUAUACGUCAAAUCGGUUGAUCCAGUGGUUAAAAUCUUGCAUAUACCAACGGUACAGUCUACUGUUCUAGCAACACUUCUCGACCCAAGAUCAGCACAUCGCUCAACGGUGGUGUUGACUUUCGCCAUCUAUUAUGCCGCCGUUACGGCUAUUUAUUACAGUGAUGACAAGAAUGUUGACUUGGGGUGCGAGAAACCUGUACUGUUGAAACGAUACCAAACUGUUCUGGACCGACUUCUCGUGACGCCCGAUCUCAUGAGUGGACCUGAUAUAACGGGUUUACAGGCUCUUGCAAUUUAUGUAGUGACAAUUCGACUAGCUCAAUCGAUUGACUUACACAGAGAUGGUGCUUCCCUCAAACUGAGCCCCUUUGAGACGGAGAUGCGUCUUCGUCUGUGGUGGCAUCUUUGCGUGCUGGAUUCUCGUGCCCCAGAGGACCAAGGGUUUCAACCCACGGUUGAUCUCGCCAACCAAGAACUACGGCUUCCAUUGAAUGUGAACGACGAUCGGUUGUACCCAGAUAUGACAAACCUCCCGGUAGAGUCAAACGGCUGGACGGAAAUGGCCUUCUUCCUGAUCCAAACCAAGUCAUGUAGGGUGAUACAUCCGAUCCUGGACACUCAACACCAACAUCCCGCAGAUCCUCUUCUUGAUAUCAGAGAAAAGCGAAAGAUGAUCCAAGACCCCACCAAGUACCUGUUAGAUAGCUAUGGUAUCUCAGCUAGUUCUUCGGGGUUGACUGACCCUCUACCGCGCAUUGCAACCCAACAUGUCAAAACCGCCUGCCAGAAAAUGGAGUUCGUGCUGCAACUCCGAGAGGAGAUUUACAUGCGGAAGCAGAACGAGACAGAGAAUACUGAUACAACUCCCGACGUGUUCAAGCUUUCUUUCAAACUAGCCUGUGACGCCUUGGAAGCAAGUCAUGCGCUGUUGAAUGGAGGUUUCGCUGGGAGGUUCAAAUGGUUCUUCAACAUGUAUACGCAAUGGUACGCCCUGGCCUAUGUUCUGCGUUCUCUCCGUAGCAGCCCCCGUGGAUUCAACGCAGACCGUGCCUGGACUUUGGUUGAAGAGCUCCUCCCUACCGAGGAAGUGCAUGAUGAGCAUGGGCAUGGCAGGAUUUGGAGGGUUCUCAGGCUGCUUCGAAACGAAGCUUGGUCGUUGAGACAGGAUGGCAAGUUAUCCAGCAGUGGGAGGGAUCCUAGUUCACAGCAUUUUCCAGAUGCUGAGAUGGUGGACACGACAGCAGUAGAUGAAGGGACACCUAUCCCGCAUGACUGGGCUAGCGAUUUUAUUGUUGAUCCUGACAAAAGCAUCUUUUCAUCUCUGGAUCUAUUGAUGCCCGAGAUUCCGUUUUUGCCGGAUUGGAAUGCGGUUAUCAAUGGCCAGUAG